ACCAAAAAUUCUUACAUAACCAUUAAGUUUGACAUUUGUUUCAUAAUUUCAAAUAUUGGUCUUUAAUAUUCAUAAAUAUUACUAUAAAAUGUCCAAAUUCGCUUCGAGAUUGAGAGAGUUAAGAAUCCACUUGUGCCAGACGGGUGCAUCCAGUAAAGGAGUAAGGGAAUUUAUUGAACAACAUUAUGUUCCAUUAAAGAAGGCAAAUCCACAAUUUCCUAUUUUGAUUCGUGAAUGCUCUGGAGUUAAGCCCAAAGUUUGGGCCAGAUAUGAAAAAGGAGAAGAGCAAGCUGCUUCAUUGAAGGAUCUCAGUGCAAGCGAAGUAUUAACAAAAAUUCAGUCACUUUCUAAAUGAAACAUUUUGUUAUCACUAAUAAUGUAGUAAAAUAAAUUAUAUAUAAGCGAU